UCUCUCUCUCUCUCUUUCUCUUUACCUGCCUACCAGAGCCUGACCAAGCUUUCCUCUCUUUUUACCCCUAAUACUUUUCUUAUUUUUCACAUCCAAGAUUGCAAUCCUUCCUAUUCCUCUGUGAUGGCUUUGCAAUUCAGAAAGCUGUUUCUUUAUUCUUACAAUCAAACUUUAUUCUGUUCUAAAUUUUGUGAUUUAUCAGAGGAUGCAGAAUAUUAUUGCCCAACCGCAUAUUUGGAGUAUUGCAAGUCCAAUUGCACAUGUGAACUCGUUCUCACUCCUUCAAUUCACCAUACAAGGUCCACCAAGUUAUUGAUUACAGGUCUUGUACUAGCCUCAGCUUUUUUUCUUGUUUUCUGCUAUGCUAUGUUUUUCAAAUUCUAUUCUGGGUCAAGAAGGAGAGGAUCAGAAGAACAAAUAAAUGAAACCCAUGACGAGUUUCUUGUUGAGGAUCAUGGUCCUGUGGUUGACCAUCCUAUCUGGUAUAUAAACACUGUUGGGUUGCAGCCAUCGGUGAUUAAUUCUAUUACAGUUUGUAAGUAUAAGAGAGGUGAUGGGCUUGUUGAAGGAACUGAUUGCUCUGUUUGCUUAAAUGAGUUUGAAGAAGAUGAGACUCUUAGGCUUUUACCCAAGUGUAGCCAUGCUUUUCAUAUCCCUUGUAUUGAUACAUGGCUUAGAUCGCAUACUAAUUGCCCUAUGUGUCGUGCCCCUAUCAUUGCAACUCCUCCUAGAGCAACAUUAUCGGAGGGUAUUGGUGAAGUUACAAGUACUGGAGAAGAAAUUCGGAUUGCAGUUCCGGAGAAUGAUGGAGGAUCUGAGAGAGAAAUUGAAAGUGGAGAUGGUGAAUUGAGUAUUGGAACAGCGGAUGAAGAGGAAUUCCACGAUGAGAAUAGAAGAAAGAGAGUUGAGGACUUGAAUGGUGAGGAGGAAGGGAUAAUACAGCCAAUGAGAAGAUCUGUUUCUUUAGAUUCUUUAUCAGCUUUCAAGAUCAGUCAGGCUCUUGUUAAUGCUCCUGCAAUAGAUUCUGAUCGAAUUUCAGAUAGAGAAUUGGUAAAAGAGACUGAAUCCAAUAUGGGAAUUUUUCCUAAGAGAGUUGGUAUCAAUCAAAGCUUGCUAAAAUUCAUGGCUAGUUCUUCUAUUGGGAGGUCUUUGCAAAUUGGGCCAAGUUCAUUAAAAAGAUCACUUUCUUGUGGGGGGAAAUUGUUCUUGACAAGGUAUAGCAGGAACAGAAACUCUGUUCUUCCUCUGUGAUGCUUUAAAUUUUCCUUUUUGGUGUCUUUUUUCGAGGGAAGGAAUCUGCAAAUUGAGUUCUUUUCAAACUUCUGCAUAAGCUGAGAGUUUUAUAAAGAUAUAAGAAUUAUGAUCUAUGGAUCGGAAAGCGGAUGACGAUGUAUUUAUUACAAUACCAUGUAAUUGUAAGUAAAAACUUUUGUUAUUGCAAGUGAUUAUUCUUUUAUGCUACAUUCAUAGUUUCAGAAAUUUAUUUGCUUUAAUUGUAGUUCAGUGAACAAUAUGCAAUUUUUAGAGCUGAACAUGAUCCUGAAACAAAAGCUUUAAAAUUUCAGUGUGAUCAAA